UCAAUAUAUUUUGAAUACAUAUUAGGAAUUGAGAUCAUGUUUGGUACAAGUUCUUUUUGGAAAUUUUGAAUGUUUCGGGUUCUAUCGGGUAUCCAUUUAGGUUUGGUUUGGUUCGAAUAAUACCCGAAAUACCAUAAAACAAGAUCCAUUCGGUUUUUAUGUCAGGUUCAGAUCGGUUCAGAUUCAUUUUUAUCGGGUCGAGUUCGGUUCAGGUUUUCGGGUUUAGUUUAUUUGUCCAGCCGUAUCCGCAAACUCCCGCAACUGCUGGGCCUCAAUAUACUCGAUUCUUACUUAUACCACACGUUAACUUUUGACAAAACCACGAGACGUCGUGGCCCAAAUUGGCGCAUUCCGACCGAACACGCUUUGGUUUUCUGCUAAAACAUUUAUUUCCGGUCCGUCUAAACCGGGAACAGACACAUUCCGACCAAACACGCUUCUUCUCUCCAUUUUUGUGUCAGAUGAUUGUGAUCAGAAACAGAUAUUUCCGCUAAAAAAUAGUCCCAAAUUAGAUUCUUCUGGAGAGGAUGAAGUUUAAGUUAGCCACGAGAGAGAUUGAAAACAUGUGGCUGUGUUAUGUAAAGAGACCGAGUCACACGAACAACUCCUCCCACACGCCAUUUCUCCUACCACUCGGACCUAACAAACCAAAACCCGCCACGUUUAUCUGAAACCCGAGUUCCCGCGAGUUAGGGAUCUUUACUUGAAGGAACCAGACAUGAUCGCAGAGUCACACAUACACAUACACACACAAACCUUUAGAAGUGUUUUGUCGUCCCCCUCGUAUAGAAUCCAUUGUGGGGCGACACAAACAUAAUAUCUUCUUUUUUGCUUAUGCUCUUCUUGAUCUUCUCUCAUAAGAUUUGUUUCUUUCAGGUGGAUUUAGCUUUCCCAUCUAAUUAGUAAAGAAAUAAUACUCUUUUCGAUCUAAAGUAUUAUUUGAUCUUGACUUAUUUCAGAAGGUAACCAAUCAUUAUUGUUCUUUCUUGAGGUUACGUGUGGGGAAAGGUAUUAAUAUGGUUUGGUUAAUCGUAGGGAGAAGAAGACCAAGAAGAAGAUAAAUGGGAGGAAUGAAAGAUGAGGCGAAGAGGAUAACAAUUCCUCCAUUGUUCCCAAGGGUUCAUGUGAAUGAUACUGAACGAGGAGGCUUGUCUCAGCCAUUUGAUGGCAAAACAAUGUCUCCAUAUAAACAUUACAUUCUUCCAUCUCCGACCGACAAGAUCUCUGAUUCUCCUUCCACUCUCUCACUGUCUCUUCCUCCUCCAGCCAACAACGCUUGUCUCCAGACUGAUCGACCUGAAAUGAAUCAGUUAUCACCAACCUACAACACUUCUCCAGCAUCAAAUCUUGAAGGGAAGGUGGAUAAAAAAGGCAUGAUUUAUCCAAGUCCUAGAGGAUCAUCAGUUAAACCUAGUUCAAUAAAACAAAAUGAGUACAACCUUACCAACUUGGAUUCUCUUAAGGUUCCUGUUUUUAGACUCCCGGAGACAGAUCCAAAAGCAAACACAGAUUUGUCACUACAGUUUCAUAGUAGCUGUACCAGUAAAUCAAGAGGAGAAGCUGCUGGUUUCAAACCUCUCCUGAACAAUCUUGAUAUUCGAGAAUUACUUUUGCCACUACAAUGUUUGGAAGAUGAAAGCAAUAAUGGGUCUCUUAGUGUGAUGAAAACUCAACUGUAUAGAAGAAGAACCCCCAAAACUGUGCCUCCACGUGAGCAAGAAGCCUCAGACUGCUCUGCAAUAGACUCUUUGUCUGGUAUGAGUGCAGCUUCUAAUGAUGUUGCCAGAGUGAUAGGUGAGAAGAGAUUUUGGAAGAUGAGAGCUUAUAUGAUCAGCCAGCAGAAGAUCUUUGCCACUCAAGUCUUUGAGCUGCAUAGACUGAUAAUGGUUCAGAAAAUGGUUGCAAAGUCGCCAAACUUGGUUCUCAAAAGUAAGAUCAAUGGUGGUUCAAAGUUUAAAAGACCGAACACCGAGAAUCAAAAACCUGUAACCGAAGCCUAUCCAGAGCAUAUGAAACCAAAGAUUCCUUUACCUUUCAUAAGCAAAGAGCUCAUGACCCCAAUUUGGCAACAACAGCUACUUCCUCCACAAGGAAACCAGUGGUUAGUUCCUGUAAUGUCUCCUUCAGAAGGUCUGGUCUAUAAACCAUACGCAGGUCCAUGUCCUCCUCCUCCUUCAGCUUUCAUGGUUCCUAUUUAUGGACAAGAUUUGCCCUCCAGGCUCCCUGCUUCUACUCAGUUUAGCCACAACUGCUUCCCACCGAGGACAACAGUACUUGACCAGACAAACCCGUUUGGUCAGCUUCAAAGAUGGUCAAGCACAUCUAGCCACAUGACUCAAGCGAUUCCGUUUUCGUUAAAGAAGUCUCAGGAGUCUAAUGACAGUGAGGUACAUGGAAGUACAGCUUCAAGUCCACCAGAGAAGCAUAAAUUUGAUGUCCUUCCACUUUUUCCUACAGAGCCUACACAUCACACUGAUGAGUAUGAGCAGAAACAGCAACCAAUGUCUCGUGCAAUUAAAGCCAUUCCUCAUAACUCAACAUCUGCCUCUGAAUCUGCUGCAAGAAUUUUCCGUUCUAUUCAGGAAGAAAGGAGGGACUCAGAUCAUAUGAUUAGUUAGUUUUCUUACUUUCUCCACAUUCUUUUUAUUUAUAAUUUCUUCUUCUUAUACUUUAGAUUUUAUACUAUUUACUCUUCAUGAGAAGAUGUAAAUCAAUACUGUCACUAUACAUAAAGCAUACACACAUCUUAUACUGAAAUUGUAUUGACAAACAGCAAAUAAAUGAUAGAUUCUUUUGUUCUAUUAAUAACAUUCCAAUUUUGAAGGGUUAUGGAAAUGCCAGAACAAUAAAACAAGAAGACUAUAACUCUGGAAUUGACUUAAAUUUCAGUGAACUAGUAAAAAAGUCACAUUAGUUGGGCCAGACAAAAUGUCUUUAGUAGAUAAAGAUGUUAUCAUAAAGGGAAAAAGAAUAUCGGAUUUUGAGGUAGUAUAAAUACGAGUUUAAGGGGUUGUAUAUUUUUCAUUCUCACAAUUAGUAUACAAAUCCUAAAACGAGUAUUUGCCUCAAUCAUGUCUUCUCUCUUAGUUUUUUUGCUUUCUUCUGUGGGUAAUUUGUGUUUGUUCACAACAAGGCUAUGAUGCUUAGAGACUAAACAAUACCAGUCCUCUGUCCAUAUAUAUAUAUCAAUGUAGAAGGAGACAACAAUGAUCAGUUGUGUCCAUGCAAAAACAAAGCUACACUCAAAAUAAAAAAAACAUUUCAAAAUAAAAACCAAUAACCAAAAUAGCACAUCAUUUAGAAACCAAGAACCAUUGAGGAAUGUUCUCUGAAACUCUCAUCUUUGUUUGGUAUCUACUUUUGGAAACAGAGAGCUUUUAUUUUUGUCAUUUGUAAAUUUGAUUUGACCACCAAAGGUGAACAAGUUCAGUACACACCAUCAUCCCAUCAAAACAAAGAUAGAAUGAUCAAACAAAAGGGACCUAAGCCAAGGCCAUGAGAUACAUAAGCCGGAUAGAAACAGGAGCUAUAAGCCGGAUAGAAACCGGAGCCAUAAACUUUGAACACAACUUUCACCUAGAAUCAUCUCCACCACUAUCACAUUAUCAACGCCACCAUGAAGCUAGCACAAAUGCCCACCUUCAUCAACACCCAAAGAAGCUGGAAGCUAGCAUAAAGCUGGAGAGAUACCUUAAGACGAGAACCCAUCUUCAACAAAACCACUCGUUACUUGGCUGAAACCACAAGACGAGAACUAAUACCCCUGAACUUGCAGAGAAGUCCCUCCUUGCUCAAACCAGAACCUUUCCAAGAGAGACACACCACGUCACGAAGAAACGCUUGAAACAACAAAGAUAUACCCAUCGAAGAUAAAGAUGGAGCGACAGGAAUCUGAAGACACCACACAUGUGACUAGAACAAGACUCCAAGACCGACGGAGAAGGGAUUGAACUCUAACCAGAAGACACGAAGGAAACACCGAAUCAACGAGACCGGCCUUAAACCAAUACCUGUCGCUACUACAGAUAAUCCGAGAAGCAAGCACUCGUACAAAAUUUACCAACACAUAGACCCAACUAAACAGAAGCCUAACGAAUCAAAGAGGAAGGUCUGCAAAGCUAGAACGUCGGGAACAGAGCGAUUCAGGUGAAAGAAAAAAAGGAUAAGCUAGAGCACAGAAACCUUACGACAAACUGAAAGGGAAGGAAGGAAACAGAGAGCUUAUAUGCAAGAGAAGUCGGAGAAAGAACAUAAUAAAGCAUUAAAAAAACUUUAAAGACAUAUGGUAUAUUUGGUAUGUGGUGGUCUUUCUUUGUAACUGAUGGUCUCAGUUAGAGAGACUACCUUUUAUUACAAAACAAAACCUUUUAUUAAACAAUUAUGUAAACUAAGCAUAAUGCAGUAAAUAGAUUCUCACUGUUUUCCAGUGAAAUGCUUGAUGAGAUUUUCUUUUCUUUUUAAUUAUUUAGUUUGGUGUGGUUUCUGUGUUAUUUAUUAGAAUUUGUUUUCUAAGAAAAUAUGUUAUCAAGUUAGAAAAUUUAAAAGUUCAUUCCAAUUUUCAGAGCUGAUAAUUGAGCUCCCGAUUGUCUUGUCCCCGCUUCAAGAAUUCUGAAUAAAUAUUCCAAAGAUGAUAUCUGUAAUCAACAGGUCCAAAGACCAUCAACUCAAAUAAGCCUUAAAAUCUACGAGAGGUCUCCCCUAGGUUACAACUCACACAAAAUUGGGACUAUGAAUCAUUUCUAAUUUCACAUGAAAGAAAAUGAAGAAAAAAAAGAAGCUAAUCCUUUAACAAGAAGAUGAUUUGCCUAAAAUGGAGCAAAUAUCUAUAAUCAUUUCCUCUUUUCACCUCUGAGCAUGAGGUCCAUCUUUACUAAAGAGUUUGCAUCAAUCUUUUCCGUCAGAUGAUGCAUAGUUUUUCAUUCUUUGUUUCAGUUGCUGCAAGAGGUAAAUCAACAUGCAUUGUUAUUACAAAACAUCCAAAGCAAAAAUGCAGAGGAAGUUGAACGCAUAAACUAUUGUUUUAGGGGGAUCUUUGUUGUAACUCACCUUCAAUUCUUCAUGGAGAACAACAAAUACCUUCUUAAAACGUUUUUGCCUCUGCAGAUUAACAUAUAUAUAGGAAAGUCAUCAUCAAGUAUAAUGAGCAAUUCUAAUGAUAACUGGCAUAAUUGGAUAAAAUGCACAUAAGCUGGGGAGAUUCCUUCCAAAUAAUAGAUCGUCACUUCUUCUUACUCUCUUAUUUCUAUAAAAUUCAAUCGAGGGGCCAAGUGGAGCUAUUAUUCCUUCACUUAAACACAUUGCAUACUGCGAUAAAUUUCAGAUCUUCAUGUCUUUCAUUAUUAUCCGAAUCGUACACGCAAGCAAGCAAUUUUAUAAUUCAUCAUCCUCUUCAAAUGAUAAGCAUGUCUCCAAAUUUCACUUCAGAUCUCAAUCGUACAUGCAAGCAAGCAAUUUUAUAAUUCAUCAUCCUCUUCAAAUGAUAAGCAUGUCUCCAAACUAGGACAACACGAGUAAUCUGAGAUUUAUGAGAAAAGAGUUCAUAAAGCUACAUGUAGAUAUCUAAUAUCUUGUGAAUGGAGCAGUAACUAUCGUAUUUAUCCAAAUAUUCCUGCAUAUAGGCUUUAUACCUGAAAUAGAAAGCCACUGUCACUCUAAUUGAAGCAUAGAUACUAAGCAAUCAGUUUUCCAGGCAUUAAAGUGUUGCACUUGUUAUAGUGUGUAGGCAUGUAUGUGAAAGGCAUGUUCACCUAUUUGAUUAGCCUCUGGUUAUCAUUUCUGCACUACUUGGUUCCCUUCAGUCCUUUUUUAUAGGCUUUAUGACCAACAUGUUCCAGAGAGAACUUUGAACUUACUGCUACUUCUAAACUGUUACUAGACUGUUCAGUUUGUGAGAUUCUUCUGGAAAAGAGAGAGUAAUCAGAAAGCCAAAAUUUUCACAGGCAACCAACAAGGAGGUAUAUUCACCUAAAGAACCCCUUCUGAAUAUCUUUCUCGUCUAGUUUGGAAUGCGCUGUAAUAGUUCUAUAUAUGUUGGAGUCAAAAGUUUCCUUGUGAGUCACUGACCUAGAGAAUUUUGUAAAAUAAUAGAGAGAAGGCUACUUGCAAAUAAAUCCCUAAUCAAUGAAAGUGUAAUCACGAGUAUGUGUGUUGUUACUCUUUAGCUAGCGGAAUCUCUGAUGAUUGUUAUCAUUUCCAAACAAGUAAAGCACUUUUGCCUAUAUAGGUGCUUCGUCUAACAUGACCGGAAUCUAUGAUCUGAUCUCAGUGUUGACAACCAAAGGCAGAAGCGCAGACUCUAGGCAUUAGGUUGCAUGGGUCAAGCAAGAGAGUGGUCUUUCCAUUAUAACAAUUAACACAUAUAUACACACAAAAUUACUAUAUGUCAACGCUCACAUACUUUUUUUUUUGAAAAAGGCUUACAAACGCUCACAUACUUGUUUUUGUCAACCUUAAAACACCUCUAACACAUGUUUAACAGGUAAGUGGGGUCAAUACGACGACGAUGAUAACACGACUACACGAGCUUUCAACGCGAAGAGCAUAUCACUAAACUUUCUCUAGGAAGUGAUUGGCAUAUGGCAUACAUCAUUAGGUACAAGGCUAGUCUCGUCUCCAUGUAGGUACAACCACAAAGCUAAGUAAGUUGAGAGAGUUGAAUCCUAAAGAGUCUCUUGAAUCCCUUGUAAUAUCUUUGAGUGUUCUUAAUAAAAUAAAGAUCCCCCUUAUGUUAGAGGGAUCUUUAUGUAAUCUCUUCUCUUUUCUUGAUUUCACUCUCUCUUUACCUAAUUUUUCAUUCCUGGAAACGUUCACAUUAUUGUUUUGUUAUCAUUUAGAAUGUUAAUAGACAAGAAAACUAAAAACCGUGUAUGUGUUGUGUUUUUCAAGGUUUUCUUCAGAGGUCCCAAAUAGCGUGAAUCCAUUAAUAAAAUAUCUUAUAUUUAAAGAGAUAACCAUAAUAAUAAGAAUAAAUUGGACUGAUAGUGAUGUACUCACAUGUAGAACAGUGAGAGGAAUAGCAGUUGUUCCACUUGUAGUAAUUUAUCAGUACAAUAAAUAUUCGAAUUGAUAUCUGUUUUGUGAGUCAAUCACGGAUCAAGGUCAACAAAGAACGAUUAUACAUACAUAUGCAAAAAUCAACGUUAUUAUGUUAUUAUAUUUUGUUUUUACUUUUCAAUACAAAGAAAAAGAACAUGUUAAUUCCAAUGUAAAUACUAAAUACUAUAAUUACUACCCAAAGAAAACUAAGUACCUUUGUAAUUUUCUCAUUGACAAUUUAAGAGAUCAACCAAAACUUUCAAAACAACUAUAUUAAAAAAAACAUGAGUUGAGAAACACAGUCCCCACAAGACAUGUGAAAUUGGUUAUGUAAUAAGAGUGGACCAUUACCAAAACAAGUCAUAAGCUAUGAGACGGUGAGGCCAUCACAAGAGGAAUUUCAAUUUCAGAGAUGAUAGCUGAACACAUUUAGUUAAACAUUGUCAGUUCAACUUUAAACCAAUUUAGUUCUUGAUUAUAAAUCUUUUGCCCUAUUUAUUUUUAAGAAGUGGACCAUUAUUAAAAAUUUGGUAUCUUAGCACUAUCUAUUGGAUCUCUCAUAUAUCUAUCAAUCUUCCUAUUUCCAAAAACAAAUUUAUUGAACCAUGUCAGUAACAUUUUCAGAAAUUAGGCAUAUGAUCACAAUGAUACGUAUGCAUUAAACCAAUAGAGAAGAUGUUACGUGUAAAUCAACCAAUAUGAUAAGAAAACAUGAUUUAUGAAAAAUGUAAUAUAGAAGGUUAUCACUAUAUUUACUCGGAUGUACGAACAAUAAUACUCAUGCAUACACUUUUUUGUUAUCACUGAAAAUCUCUAGGUUUAUGUCAUAAUCUCAAAGCUUGGAAUCAGUUUUUAAAUUUUCUAAUUUAGAAAAUAAUCAAAGAUUGUUAAAACUUCAAACACAGAAAAAAAAUUCUCGCAUUAUUACUAAACUACCAACAUUUUAGUCACUCAUGCAUACAAUUUAAACCAUGAUUAAUUGUUUGUCAAAAACCCAUCUUCGUAGCGAUUCGAAAUUACUCAAAUUCAAAUCCAUCGUGUUCCAUCAGUAAGGAACACAUCUUAUUUUGUGGAUCAUCAUUUUUAUCUAUGAUCUAUAAGAGUAUUGUAUGUUUCUCUCUGAUAAUACCAUCUCAAACCAUCCCCAUCUCUAUCAAACUUUGUAGGAUCAUCAAAACAAACUUCACCCCAUUAUAUUUAAAAUGUGACGCAUGUUAUAUCAAUCCGUUGAAAAUUAAAACCAUAGCAUAAUAGCCAUUAUCUACGACACAUUCGUCAAAGACCAUAACACUCACCACUCCUUAUGAAUGUAGUUGACGUGUUAAACGACUUUGAUGAUUAGAAAAAAUGUUGUAGUAGGUAACAAAAUUAACGAUGAUAAGUCUUAAAGACCAAUAAAUACAAAAUAGCAUGAGUACUUAAGUAAAAAAAA